AUGAAAGGCAAGCAUUAUGAGUUGGAGGAUGAAGAAUUUUUUAUUAAUGCUGUUUUGAGCGAGAAGGAGAUGUGCAGUGAGAGCGAAUGGAACUUUGAUGAGAUGACAAGCAACUCUGAUGGAGCACAUGGAAAUGGACAUGACGGUGCAUCAGACAGCGAUGUUGAAUUUGUGGGUGUGGCCGAUGAGUCUGACAACAGGCAGUUUGCUACGAAAGGAGACGAUACAUCAUCAGGGAGUAAAAUAAGAACGGGAGUUGAGAGACUGGGGUUUUAUAGAAACUCAGGCCGAGAAAUGAUCAAGAAUGUAGCUGUAUUGGAGACAAGUGGAUUAGAUGAAGCAGGUGCAGGCGAUGCCGAGGAUAGAAAGGAAGUGGACUAUGAGUACUAUUCAUCGCUUGGAGAUGACAUUUCUGACAUAAGCCUAAGUGUGGCGGAGAAUCAAAUAGAGGGAUUGGGAGCAAUUGAUCGAUGGGAUGAACGAAGAGACGAGCAGAACGAAUCAUGCAGCUUUAGCAACGACAUGAUUCGGACAACGUUUCUGAAGUCGUCACUGGAUGCUGGAGGCAAUGGCGAAGAAGAAUUUAUGGCAGGCCAUGAAGCAAGUCCCAGGUGUGUUGAGGAGUUCUAUUUACAGAAGGUUUUUGGAAUGAAGGAGUUUCGGACGAACCAAAGGGAGGUGAUAUGUGCAUGCAUGGCAAGAAGGGAUGUGUUUGUACUGAUGCCCACAGGAGGGGGAAAGAGCAUAUGCUACCAGCUGCCUGCACUGAUAGAUGAUGGGAUUACGAUAGUGAUCAGUCCGCUGCUUUCUCUUGUGCAAGACCAGAUACACAAUCUUCUGCAGAAGGGGAUUCUUGCACUUCCGAUCAAUUCGAAUCUGAGCCAGUCUGAGCGAAGCCUUGUUUUUGAUGUUCUUGGGGGGGAGGAGAUGGUGUGCAAGAUAUUCUAUGUGACGCCGGAGCUUGUUGCGAAGAGCGGGCAUUUCCAUGAUGCUUUGAGCGAUCUUGUUCGUAGGAGCAAGCUGAAAAGGUUUGUGAUAGACGAGGCGCAUUGUGUAAGCCAGUGGGGACAUGAUUUCCGACCGGAUUACAAAGAGCUUGGAAGCAUAAGGCAGAGGUAUCCUAAUGUUCCAAUUAUUGCAUUGACAGCAACUGCAACGCAGAGGGUGGAGAUGGAUAUUUUGGAGAACCUGCGGAUCCGAGGAUGUGAAAGGUUCCGGAUGAGUUUCAACAGGGCCAACUUGAGAUAUGAAGUGCGUGCAAAAACAAGCACAGUUGAGAUAGACAUGGUUAGCUUUGUGCAGACACAUUUUCCGGACUGCUGCGGAAUCGUUUACUGCACAUCGAAGAAAGAGUGCGAGAUGAUCAGCGAGAGACUGAGAAAGUAUAUGAAGACGGCAUUCUACCAUGCAGGGCUGAGUAAGAACGAAAGGAAUAGUGUGCAAGAGAGAUGGAAUAGCGGGGAUGUGAAGGUGAUUGUUGCAACAAUAGCAUUUGGAAUGGGGAUUGACAAGAAGGAUGUCAGGUUUGUGAUUCACUACUGUAUACCGAAAUCGCUGGAAGGGUAUUACCAAGAGACAGGGCGAGCAGGAAGGGAUGGGUUUGAGAGUGUAUGUGUGCUGUUCUACACGUAUGGAGAUAAGAAGAAGAUUACUUUUAUGAUUGACAAGGGCGACGGAGGAUAUGAGCAGAAGCAACGGCAGCGGGAUGAUUUGGAUGCAGUGAUCCAGUUCUGUGAGAACAAGACUGAUUGCCGGAGGAUGCAGGUGCUAGCACACUUUGGAGAGGUUUUUGAUGCGAAGCAAUGUGGAAAGACAUGCGAUAACUGCAGACGUGAGUUUGUAGUUAAGAAGGACUAUGUGAAGGAGGCGAAGGAUCUUAUUUUGCUUGUUUACACAAGCAACAAGAUUACGCUAUGCCAAGCGGUUGAUGUGUACAAGGGGGUGUCUACGAAGAAGAGCAAAGAGUUUAUUGGGAGCGAAUAUUAUGGGAAGGGAAGGAAGAUGAGCCGAACGACUAUAGAGAGGAUAGUGAGGAAUCUGAUAAGCCAGGGAUACAUUCAGGAGAAGGUUGAGGCGGCCGACCGCAGGUUUUCGUGGGCGUAUCUUAUUGCAAAGAAGACAAGGAUAGACAAGCUUGAGAUGGUUGAGGAGGACGAGCCUGUGGCAUUGAAGAAGGCGGAUCGGAAGAAGCCGAUCAAGAAGAUUAAAAGAUGA